ACAUUCUGAAUUUCGCUGGAUCGACGGGUUUUCCUAUCUGUGACUCUUUAACCGAAGUUCGCCCUGCGGCAAAGGAUCAAUUGAUGCCGUACCCCCUCGCCCAAUCGGCGACUCUACCCCGCUGUGCUGCUCAAGCAAAGAGCUACAGCCUCCGUUCGUGUACUCUGCAUCAAUCUUCUUACUCCCGUUUUGCCCCUCUCCCUUCUUAUAUUUCCCCUCUUUCUUAUUCUCGACACUUUUCUGUUGGAUACGGGUCCAGGACUUUGGGUUGUCGCAUACCACUCGUUGCUCCUCGUUUCCCGAAAAGUUACAGAAACUGUCCUCCCGCACUUGUGACUCAGCCUUUGAACCGAUUUUCGAGUAUUGGCGUUGCCAUGGCGGCCGCAAAGAUCGAUGGAACCCAAAUCGCGAAGGAUAUUCGGGAGGGAUUGAAGAAUGAAAUCCAGGAGCUCCAAACAAUCAAUCCCAGAUUCAAACCCAGCCUGGUGAUUAUCCAGGUGGGCGAUAGGUCCGAUUCGAGCACCUAUGUGCGCAUGAAGUUGAAGGCUGCUGAGGAGGCAAACAUCCUUUGCAAGAUCAUCAACUUCCCCGAGACUAUCUCACAGCCAGCGAUCCUCCAGGAGAUCACCCAGGUCAACAACGACCCGUCAGUACACGGCAUUCUCGUCCAGCUGCCACUUCCCCAUCACCUCUCCGAACAUGCAGUCACAUCCGCUGUUGCAGAUGAAAAGGACGUUGAUGGAUUUGGCGCCAUCAACAUUGGCGAAUUGGCCAAGCGGGGCGGUACCCCUCUCUUCGUUCCUUGCACCCCGAAGGCCGUGAUGAAGCUUCUAGACUCAACCGGCGUUAACCCUGCGGGCAAGGAAGCAGUGGUGCUUGGCCGAAGUGACAUCGUUGGAAGCCCCGUUAGCUAUCUUCUGAAGAACGCGGAUGCCACAGUGACGGUGUGCCACUCCAAAACCCCUGACAUCCCACGAAUCGUGAAAAAUGCGGACAUUGUCAUCGCGGCCAUUGGCCAAACAGAAUUUGUCAAGGGAGAAUGGUUAAAACCUGGUGCUGUUGUCAUUGAUGUUGGUAUCAAUUUCAAGGCCGACGCCACCAGGAAGUCUGGUCAGCGCCUUGUCGGUGAUGUUGAAUAUGAGUCUGCGGCCCAGGUUGCUUCCCACAUUACUCCUGUUCCUGGUGGUGUUGGCCCUAUGACGGUGGCUAUGUUGCUAGAGAACGUCGUCGCGUCAGCCAAAGCCUAUUUCGACAAGCAGAAAGAGCGACAGAUCACUCCCCUUCCUAUCAAGUUGACUACUCCAGUACCCUCGGAUAUUGCUAUUUCUCGUGCACAGUAUCCCAAGCCUAUUACUCAAGUUGCUUCCGAGAUCGGCAUUGCGCCCCACGAGCUCGAACCCUACGGCCAUACCAAGGCUAAAGUGAGCCUGGAUGUUCUUAACCGUCUGGGGCACCGUCGCAACGGCCGUUACAUUUUGGUUUGCGGUAUCACGCCGACUCCUCUUGGUGAGGGCAAGUCGACCACUACGUUGGGUCUUAGCCAGGCCCUUGGUGCACACCUGAACCGCAUCGUCUUCGCUAACGUCCGACAGCCUAGCCAGGGCCCCACGUUUGGUAUCAAGGGAGGAGCCGCUGGAGGUGGAUACAGUCAGGUCAUUCCUAUGGACGAGUUUAACCUACACUUGACCGGUGAUAUUCACGCCAUUACAGCCGCUAACAACCUCCUUGCCGCCGCUAUUGAGACGCGCAUGUUCCACGAGGCCACCCAGAAAGAUGCCGCUCUUUACAAGCGUCUUGUCCCCGCUAAGAAGGGCAAGCGGGAGUUCCAACCUAUCAUGUUCAGACGCCUCAAGAAGUUGGGUAUUACCAAGACAAAUCCGGAUGAGCUCACUGAGGAUGAGAUUCACCGAUUUGCACGACUUGACAUCGAUCCCUCCACCAUUACUUGGCGCCGUGUGCUGGACGUCAAUGACCGGCACCUGCGCGGUAUUACCGUCGGACAGGCCCAUACUGAAAAGGGUCUGAGCCGCGAAACUGGCUUUGAUAUCUCUGUGGCUAGUGAGUGUAUGGCUAUUCUCGCAUUGAGCAGCAGUCUUGCAGACAUGCGUGAGAGGUUGGGCCGCAUGGUUGUGGCUACCUCCCGAAGCGGGGACCCAGUCACGUGCGACGACAUUGGCGCUGGCGGCGCUCUUGCAGCAUUGAUGAAGGACGCUAUCAAACCUAAUUUGAUGCAGAGCUUGGAGGGAACACCCGUCCUGGUCCAUGCGGGACCCUUCGCUAAUAUCAGUAUCGGCGCUAGUUCGGUGCUGGCGGAUAAGCUGGCUCUGAAACUUGCCGGUACGGAGCCCGAGGAGGACCACGAGUCCAAGACCGGCUUCGUCGUGACCGAAGCUGGUUUCGACUUCACCAUGGGUGGAGAACGUUUCUUCAACAUCAAGUGCCGAUCCUCCGGCCUGUCCCCCGACACUGUAGUCAUCGUCGCGACAGUGCGGGCCCUGAAGGUCCAUGGCGGUGGGCCCGAGAUCAGCCCUGGAGCUCCACUCCACGAGGUCUACCGCACGGAGAACACUGACAUUCUUCGUAAGGGCUGUAUCAACCUGAAGAAGCACAUUGAGAAUGCGCGACAGUACGGAGUCCCCGUGGUUGUGGCCAUCAACCGCUUCGAGACAGACACAGAGGCGGAGAUUGCCAUCAUCCGUGAGGAGGCAAUGGCAGCGGGAGCGGAGGACGCUAUCCCUGCCAAUCACUGGGCGGAAGGUGGUGCCGGUGCUAUCGACCUGGCCAAGGCCGUCAUGACCGCCAGCUCCAAGCCCAAGGACUUCAAGCUUCUCUAUGAUCUGGAAGGUACCAUCCAAGAACGCAUUGAACGCAUUGGCAAGAUGAUGUAUGGCGCGGAGAAGGUGGAGUUUAGCGAGUUGGCCCAAAACAAGGUCGACACAUACACCGCGCAAGGAUUCGCCAACCUUCCGAUCUGUAUCGCCAAGACACAAUACUCUCUGAGUCACGACCCAGCGCUGAAGGGCGCUCCCACGGGGUUCACCGUGCCCAUCCGGGACGUCCGGCUGGCGGUGGGCGGUGGAUAUCUAGAUACGCGCUUGCGGCGGACAUCCAGACGAUCCCCGGGCUACCCACAGCGCCCGGGUACUUGAAUGUGGAUAUUGAUCCGGAGACGGGGGAGAUUGACGGACUCUUCUAGGGUCUCCGGCGCGAUGGGGAGCAUUUAUUUGGGGUUCAUUUCAACUGGUCGAGCCCUGGUGGUUUGUAAGGAGAGUAGACAUAAUAUCUUUUUCAACAGGAUAGUAUAUAAGUUACCGAUACACAUUAUAUGAAUUUAUUCUUGCGCUAGUUGGGGGUGUGUACUCCGUACCUACUCUGCAUAACUUUAGUAGGACGGCGUCGGAGUUGAGGGAGCAACUCCGGGUAAAUAUGGCGGGAUCGAUCUCACGUUGCAGGAAAAGGUCCGAAGAUCGCAAUAGUGGCGAAGUUCGGCAAGGAAUUGGAGAUGGCCGCGGAAAGAAAAGAAAAAG